CAUACACAUACACAGAAGCCAGUCGUCGCAGGGCCCGUGCAGAGGCAGAGCUGUUUGUGAUCGUAAAAUUUAUACACGCGUUCUUCUUGAAUUGGAAUCAAAGUUUAAUUAAUUGAAAAUGUCAUUUCAUUGUGCACAUGCGUAAUGUCAACGAAAAUUCGACUAUGUUGGCAUUAGCUGAAACCCGGAAUUAGUGCAACAGCAAAGUGAGAAAAUGUUGUAGCUGCCUCUGCCUCUGCUGUUGCUUUGUUGUGUUGUGGGUGUGUGUGUGUGCUUAUGCGAGCGGAAUCUGUUGUGUGCGAGGCUUAUUCAAAGGCGUUCAGAUAACUAGGCCAAUUCCUGUGACCGUUCUGUGCGGCAUUUGCCGUUUAAUUUGUGUGGCUUAAAUGAGGAUGAUACAGGAACUGCCGCGUAUUGUCCUCAAAGGCAACGAUUUGAGAAAAUUUCUCUAUCUGAAACACAAAUAUCCAGUUUCGCAGGAGUUUCUGCACAGCAACUGGCCUAAUGCAAAGCGAUUCAUUAUCUACGCUCUAAAUCCGCGCUGCGUGCUCCGCACUUACGCAUGGCGCAAGCGCAAUCACAGGGUCGUGAUCAUACGCCGGGUCCGUCUGCUUCUCUUCGACCCACGACUGAAGCGCAUGAUCAAACGACGAAAAGCUAAUUUCAAGCAAUGGUCGUCGAACAUGGUACGAUAUUACAAGAAAAUGGGGCAUGUGAAGGAGUACGAGGAGACGGAGCUGUAUGGCGAGGAGCUGUCCAAGCAAAUGAAGCAGCAAUUGGAGCUGCUGAAGAGCGGCAAACGUGGUCUAUCACUGAUCGAAGAUGCGAAUAAAAACGUUGAGCUCCGCCAAGAGCAGCCAGAGGACAAUAUGCAGGAGGACAUAGAGAAAGAGAGGGCGGAGCCAAGUCAUCAGCAGGCAGAAGAGGAUAAGCUGGAAGAGCAACAUAUAGAAGAUGAGUCAGCAAAAUUAUUAGCAAUAAUCGAAGGGACAUUAAAAAGAUCUGAAAUAUCUAAAGAAAAGCCAGCUCGCCGACCUACAGCUGAAAAUGAGUUGCUGGAGCCAGCUGCUGUGUCGCCCACAAGCAAAGCCGACAAGCGGCUUGAACCUUCCACAGAAAAGGCGUCGGACAGCAAAUUUUUGGACAUGCUAAUGAAUAAAGUGCGUGUGAAGACCUUUGCCAAAGAGUUGAAUUUCUCCAGCUCCGAUAAUGAACUGCAUGGUCCAAGCGAUAAGCCCGCCGAUGAGGGAACAGCCGACUUUAGAUUUAACGACGAGGCGAGUGAAGACUUCGUCGAAUUCGAUGACAGCGCUCAUCAGCCGGGCAUGCUGCUCACUCCACUGGUGCCACAGAGCUGCAAAACGGUCGAUGGCAACGGGGCCUUCGUCAGCGAUGCGCUGGAAGCGUAUAUGAAGAAGAAUAAUCUGCGCGAUACUCGCUCGGCAGAUCGUGAGCUGCUCGAGCCCAUGUACCAGGAUGGGCGUGUCACGGCGCACAGUGUGCCGCCGCAUAUGGAUAUGCCGGCGGUGCCGGACAGCUUACAGAAGCUGCGCACUGUUGCCGAACGCCGCCACUAUCUGCAGCGCUCCAAGAACCAAAAAAUGGCCAUCAUCAAUAACGAGGCGAACAUCUACCGCGAGUUGCAGCGCAAGCAGCGCCAGCGAAAGGUGAAAAUCGCCGCCAUGCAGCAGCUGCAGUCGCCCAUCACUCAAAUGCCCUUCACCCGGCAGGGCUGGCAGGCGGCCAGCUACGUGUCCACGGAGACGGAUAAGUAUUACUACCAGGUCAUCCGCAUUGAUGGCGAGAUGGUGCGUCUGCCUGGCAGCCAGGGAAACAAUGCGCGCCGCGAAAAGCAGCCGCAUCGCAACGCGCUCACUGCGCAGGAGUUGGCCACGCUGCAGUGUAGCAGCCGGUGCGUGGACGCGGCUCUGCGCAAUGAGCUGAAAGUGAUCCCCACGCGCCAGUGUCAGCUGAAAGGCAAACUGCAGAAGCUCAAUCAGUAUCCAUUGCCAGCCGUAUUCAGGCCCUGCCCGCUCUCACAGAAGCCAUAUCAGAAGCCGCUAGACGACGACACGGCCGCCCUCUUGCUAGCCGGCGGGAGCAUGGCCGUGGUCAGCAUGCCCACCGUGCAUCUGGACGUGAAGCCGCAGCUGGGUCGACCAUUGAAUGAGAUCGCCAAGCGGUAUUUGCAGUACAUUCUGCCGCACCAUGACAUCACGCGCGAGUGGGCCGAGUUCAGCGUGUCCACACUGCAGGAAUCGCCCAACAGCAUGCGGGAGGCAGAGGCACAGGCCGCCGUCCAGUCCACAAAUGUCGGCAGGCGCAAGAGCUUUACAUUUGUGAUUCCCUAUAUGAACGAUCGCAAUCACAUUCUAGUGCGCCGCGUUGUCGAUCGCUCCGAGAAGCUGGACGAGAGCUUUAGUGCUUCUCAACCGCCGGAGAAGCUGCGCGACUUAGAGUUUCGCAAACUGCUGCCCGAAAAUGCAGAUGCGAUUGCGUUGGACUGUGCGGACAUGGUCAAUGAUAUGAUCAACACCGUAGCCAUCAGCUGCAGCGAGAACUCGUUCAUCAGCGUUGAUGUCGAUGCGGUACGUGGCCUCCCUCUGGAUGUAAGCCCCAUUAAGGAGGAGUCUGCUGGUGCCGCCAAUUCGGAUGCGGCUGAAGGCGACGCCCACACCAAGACGGGGCUUAAAUCCUCCCAAGUCACCAGCAAGCCACGCCCCAACAAACAGCAGCGCUUAGCCAAAGAGCUGCGCCGCCUCAAUGCCACCAUAAUCGAUGCGGCCGCCAUAGCCAAGGAUGCAAAUAAACCGUGCAGCAAGGAUUACUGUCAACUGGGCUGUGUCUGCGAGAGCGUGGGUGGGGAUCUGGCCCCUCGGGAGCAUUGCGGGCGUGCGGACUGCGUGUUGGAAUGCAGCUGCACGGGCGCCGAGCUAACGCGCAUUAUGCGCGUGGAGACUGACGGACGCGGUCUCUCGAACGAAGAUGCUUUCAACUUGCGUCGCAAGGCAACGGCGCGUCUGGCCAAAAUGGAAAAGGACUUCACCUCGACGCUGGUCCUGACCGACAACGAGACGCUGCUCAUCAACGAGACGCAGUGUGACAAGAAGCGUCGAUGCACUAAGGCGCCCAAGCGCUACGAGGACUUCGACGACUCCAUCGAGGAUGAUGAGGGGUCACUGCGUCCCAGCAAGUUUGCAAAGCGCGAUAUUAAUCUGAAAUGCACGCGCGGAAGCACCGAGAGCGUUCCCAUGUCGCUUAGUGAGCCGUGCUCAAUAAAGGACACGGACUUUGAGCAGCUGAAGCAUUGUCAGGUUGCGCUGCGCCGCCUGCCCGAUGUCGCCAACUUGGCUACCUUCUGCAUGACCCAUCAGCUAUACAAAUGUUUCUGCGGCGGACUGGCGGUCGACGGCAAGCCGGUUGUAAUAGAGAAGGAGAAAGACGACCUGCCCAUACCUCAUUAUGUUCCCGAACUGGCGACUCGCGCUCACUACAGCUUCGAGCGGCCGCCCGAUGAGUCAAAUAAGAAACGGCGCAAAGAGAAGGCAAAGACCCAACCUCAGAAGCUGCCACCGCUUGUGCUGAAGUUGCCACAGUCGCAAAAGCAGACGUCGCCGGUACUAAAGCAGCCACAGCUACAGAAGGAGCAGCAGCAGCCACUGCCACAAAAGCAGCCAAAUCAGCAACAGCAGCCCCUGCCACAGAAGCAACAGCAGCAGUCACAGAAGCAGAAACAUCAGCAGCCACUGCCACAGAAACAGGUGAUGCCACAGAAGCAGCAGCAGACACCACCAUCUAAACAAGCAUCGCCGCCAAAACAACAGCAAACAGCAAAGCAAAUAACGCCCCAGAAGCAACUGGGCAAGGACGGUGCUACCAUUAGGCUGCAGCCAGUUAAACUGCUACCCAAGCCAGCGCCUGUUUUGAAAGUGGAAGUGCCACCUGUGCCAGCCGUGGUAGUGGUGCCUCAACGUCCCGCCGAGCUAGAUAUCAUCUUCAGCUACUAUCGCUCGCGGCCCAAUUUGUGUCGCCGUGUGGUAUCCGUGCCCAGGAACUGCUAUUUGCGUUUGAACAGACGCCGUGCGGAUCGCAUUCGCGUGGAGGCAACACGAGCUGAGACUCCGAAAGCACAGGCGCUGCUUGAUCAGCGUGUGGCCAGCGCCGUUAGCUACUAUCGCUCUGAGCUUGAGCAACAGCGCCGCUUGGCGAAAUCGGCUCAGACUGCAGAGCUAACAGUAAUUGAGGUGGCCGAUGAUUCGGAUCAGAGUGAAGCGGAGUCUAUGGCAAGCAAACGCAGCGCCAAGGAGGAAGCGAACGUGGAAGAACCGGAGGUCAAGCGAAGGAAGCUACAAGCAGAGGAAACAGGGCCAGCAGAACAAACAGCCAAGCAGACAGAGCCGCAGGAAGUACAGCCCGCACCCAAGCUGGACAUUCAAAUGCCCAAGAUAUCAGCUUGCUAUUCGCUGAAUGCCAACGCCUUAGAUGUUGCCGUGGGCAGCAAUGAGAUGCCCAUGGCUAUGGCUAUCAAUGAAGACAGUCCGAGUGUGGACUCUGUCUCGUUCCGUGCUUCUUACAACGAAGUCAUCAAGAAGAUGAACACCCAUGUGAGCAAGAAAAUGCAGGACAUCGAUCUGGCGCUGCAGCGCGAGAGCAAAAUAAUCCCAGCUCCGAACGAGGAGAUAUUGUGCAUCAUCAAGUGGGCCAACUUCCUGGCCGCCUUCCAGUCCAACUAUGUGUUCAUCUGGGAUGUGCAAAUGAAGAACCACAGCUUCCUGGCGGCUACGAUAACAAACAUGAUGCCAGCCAUCUGUGGCGCCAUUGCCGUGGUCAACACGCACUUCGCUCCCGACCGCAACAGCUUGCCCCUGAUGGCGCGCAUGCUGCUCGAGGGCAAACGAAACGAUAACACGAGUCGCCUGGCUGUGGUGAUGCAGGGCAGGCAGCAGUACUGGCUGGUAAAGGGCUUCCUGCGCUACAUGGAGGGCAACGCGUGCACCAAGCCAACGCCGCAGACACAUCCCGUACUGACAAAGAAGAUAAAUGUCCUCUGCACUCUGAUGGUGAAGCAGCGCAUUAGGGAGCAGCAACGUCAUCAGCGGCCAGCAGCGACUGCUCUAGGGGCGGCGGCGAGUGUUGUUAGCACUAAAGCAGCACCGCUUGUAGCAGCCAGCUCCAAGUCUGUAACUGCAGCUCCAGCUCCUGCUCCGCCUCCAGUUGCACCUGCACAGAGCGCGCCGUCUGCUGCUGCAUCCACAUCCCGCUCAGUAUUAGGUUCCCCUGCAGUUGUUGCGCCUACCCCCGUCCCUACAUCCGCAUGGGGGGGCAAGGCAUCUGCCGACAGCAAGGAACCCUCACUUAUUUGCAGCAACAUCGAGUUCCGUAAAGUCAUGCAAGCGGAUAUUCCAGACCUGCAGAUUCCGGAGCCACACACGCACGAUCAUCGCUGGCUAGUGCUUAAUUUGUAUGAUGACUUCUCGCAUAUCUUUGUGCCUGCCUUCAAGGACAUGAUCUCAUUGGAUCGCAUACACAAUGUGGCCCGCGUCGCACAUGACACCAAUAAGAUGGUGAAGCUGCAGUUCUUCCAGGACGCCCCCUAUGAUGCCUUCAUAACGCCGUCUUCGAAGCGGGUCAUCUACUUCGGACCGCUGCCCCUGGACACGCCGCCUCCUGUGCUAGUGCUGCUGCAAAGUGUGGAUGGCAAGAUGAUGCUGCGCGAGGUCUACCAGCGGAAUCACAACAUUCCGGUGCAACGUGAAAAGCGUACCAUGGCCUUCUGGCUGCUUCAGAUCAAUGGCCAAGUGCACUUCAAUAUUGAUUUGCCAGCUGGGGUGGAGUCCUCGCCAGCGUUGAACACGUUGGAGCAGGCAGCUGUAGGUGCAGAGGCAGCAGAUACUGAUGAUGAUGAUGAUUGCGUGAUCGUCAUCAACGACGAUGACGAGGAUAAACCAGUGGACGAGGUGGCGCAGCCAAAUGCGACGGCACAGGAGGCGCCCACAUCCGCACCGCUCAUCAACUUCACUAUUCAGGCGUUGCCCCACGGCGACGGCGGCAGCGGCAGCAGCGGCAGCAGCAGCCUGCACAUAACAGCAGCUGUUCCCCAAACAGGGGCCAUGGUCAAGGAAAUCAAUAGCAAUCUUCUAGCCGGCGCGUUCAUGCCCUUCAUUUCGAACGUGCCCGCGGUGUGCGGCACAGUGCCAGUUACACAAUUCCUAACACCACAGGUGCAGCUCACCCAGACGUCGGCGCCGUCGCCAUCAGCCGUGGCCAGCAGCGAGCUUAAUGCACAGCCGCCGCCAGCCAAAAUAAACCGCAUCUCAGUGCAGCGGUGUACCCCGACAGCGGCAACCAGUGCAGCAAGUGCCGGCAAGGAUCCGAUGGCACCCAAGGUCAAUAACACGCUGCAGCAGCUGUUGAGCAACAACACCAAUGGCAACAUUAAAAUGGGCAACUCCACAGCCGGCUUAACAAUCACCAAGAUGAGGACCAAGGAUAAAGCCGCUCCACUGCCUGCCGCCGAGCCCAUCAAAAUUGGCGCCAAACGCAAGAUCCAAGAACUGCCAGCGGGUGCGGCAGCUUCCUCUGGAAUGCCCAAGCAGACAUAUGCCAGCAGCAAUUUGCCGCAUCUGACGCGUGCUCCACAACCGAAGUCGGCGGUCAAGACAACUCAGUCCACAGGGCUUAAGACUUUGGCACCGAAGCCACCCAGUGCUGUGGAGCCACAGAAGCACUUGCUGAAUGCCAAAGAGAAGAAUGGAUUUCUGGUGGCCAAGAACUUGCCUCGUUUCAGAGCCAAGCUAGUGGACAGCAAGCUUAUGGUCAAGCUGCCAGAUGAGGGCCUCUACUCGUUCAAAACUGGCCACGCCGCCAGCGACUAUCUCAACCGAUAUUUGUCCCGUGAAUUGAGCCUGAAGGGUUCUUUGCCAGGCGAUUGGAAGUUUUUGCCAUUUGAAAAUAAAAGUCACAAUCAAAAAGACCCGCUUGCAGCUCCCAUUGUCAUCGAAGAUUGAAAGGGUGGCCAGGAAAGUCACUUCUAAAAAAAAAAAGAAAAAAAGAAUAUUGUAGAAAAAUACCCGCGCAGCAGAUAGAAUAAGAAUAACUCAUAUUUAAUGAAUAUAUAAUUAAGUUGUUAAUGUAUCCUUAAUUCUGAAUUGAAGGAAACUUAUUUUUUAUUCAGUUAACAAACAAAAGAACCAUCGAGCUAGAAAGAAGGAGAGAGGAGAGCACAAAAAUAAACAAGUUAUAAAACCUCA